CUUGAUUCGGUAUUCGUGCCGCUGAUCUCGUGUUCGCUCGGCCCCUGGACUUUGGCGACCUCACCUCACUUGCUCGAUCCCACAACCUUCACGGACUGAUCGAUCUGCAAACAUGAGUGAGAAUGGCAACGUCCGUCGAACUAGCACAGCACAGGACCACUUGUUACAGGCUCUACGACAAUUGAGCGAGAAUGAGAAGUACGCGGACCUCACGGUCAGCUGUGGGACACGUACGUGGAAGGUGCAUAACGCCGUCGUGUGUCCGCAGUCGGACUUUUUCGCGAAGGCGUGUGAUGGAGCGUUUAUGGAAGCCAAAAGCAAUACCGUUAGCCUCGUCGACGAUGAUUCAGAGGCAGUAGCGGCGAUGAUGCACUACUUCUACCAUUGCGACUAUCACACCCCGGACCAUGGCUCCAGCAGUACCGGCCCUUUAGUGCUCGAAGUCCGCAUCUACGCGUUAGCCGACAAGUACUUCAUCAAAGCCCUGCGCUCCCUAGCAUAUUCGAAAUUCAAAAGCCGCCUCCGCCGAGAAUGGAGCACGCCCGCGCUCGCCGGGGCACUGCGUGAGGUCUAUUUGACGGGCAAGGCGCAGCAGGCUAAAUUUCUCCGCAACAUCGAACGGGUUUUGGUUCAGCAUCUUGAGCUUGUAUACCAAAACGAACAACAUCACGACCUCUACCUCGUGCUGCGCGACAAUGGCCAUGCUGCUUUGCGCGUGGCUAUGAUUCUAGCAAAUGAACUCGAUUGGGCGCGGCCACCGGAAGGUUUGAAAGGUUCGGCAUGAGGAAUCUAGGCUGAAGAAUAUGAGGUCGUUCUCGGGCUACUCAAUAUUGAGACUUCACUUGACGCAUACUUCACUUAGGGAACACUUUGGACAUUCACAAGCAACCGUGACGACGAUCUGAAUCACGCGCU